GCCUACACCACGCGACAGGGACUGACAAGAUGGCGAUCAUUUUAGAAACAGAGGAGUUACUGCCGUGAAGGAGAGGCUCGAAGCCACCAUGCCCUGGGAGGGUCCCAUUUCUCAGCUCACCAUGGUCACCAUGGUGAUAUGAAGCCAAUGUGAAACGUUGAAACACACAGACUCACACACAGACAGUCAGGCUCUAACUGACACGGUCCGCCAUCCAGCUGGGCAGGCCGGCGUGUGUAAUGGACAGGUGUAAGCAUGUGGGGCGGCUGCGACUAGCCCCAGACCACUCCAUCCUCAACCCCCAGAAGUGGCACUGCGUGGACUGCAACACCAGCGAGUCUAUAUGGGCCUGCUUGGGCUGCGCUCAUGUGGCGUGCGGGCGCUACAUCGAGGAGCACGCUCUGCAGCACUUUCAGCAGCAGCACCACCCGCUGGCUAUGGAAAUUAAUGAACUGUACGUUUUUUGUUACUUGUGUGACGACUAUGUCCUGAAUGACAACACCACUGGAGACCUGAAACUUCUUCGUAGUACGCUCAGCGCCAUCCAGAGCCAGCGCUAUGAGGUCACCACACGUAGUGGGCGCACUCUCCGCUCUGCUAGCGCCGCCGCCGAUGCCCUCAUUCCAUCAUGUGCCCGGGAGCUUCAACUGAGGGAUGAGGACAGGAUGUUUACUGCGCUAUGGCAUCGUCGCAGGGCGCUGAUGGGACGUGUUUUCCGCUUCUGGUUUGCACUGACUGAAUGUGGGAAGAAAAGAGAGGAAGAAGAGAGAAAGAAAGAUGAGGAUGAAGAACAGAAAAGGGAGGCAAGGGAGAGGAGGAAGGCUAUGAAAAGACAACUACAGGUGGAGCUGGAGAAUGCUCCUCUCAGGAAGAGUCGGCGGUUACAUCGAAAGAGCCAGAGAGUAGCAGAAGCUCCAGUUGCAACACCAACCACUCGGAGUGCACGCAAAAAGAGAAACACCCCAGUGCCCACGUCUGUCACACGCAGGCCAAGGACUCAAAGCCCUGCCAGGGCUACCCCUAAGAAAGGUGGGCGGACAAAAAAGGUCCAACCACCUCCCAAAACUAGGAGCCGUUCUUCUGCCCACCGAUCUAAGCCCAAAGCAGGGACCCCCUGUUCUACCAGAACACCUGUUCGCCGAAGGCAGAGUACCAAACAAGGUGGCUCACCUUUUAAGCGACGCCCGACAGUCACUCCUGGAGUGACGGGUCUGAGGAAUUUAGGCAACACCUGUUAUAUGAACUCCAUCCUUCAGGUGCUCAGCCACCUCCAUUUCUUCAGGGAGUGCUUUCUGCGCCUUGAUCUGACGCAGGCACUGGAGCUGCUCGCAUCCGCCGUCCAUGGCCAACUGACGGGGAAAGCCUCGUCCCAGUCCACGCUGAUCCAAAGGAGGGGAUUCCAGGCCAACUCAGGAUCCGGGGCAGGGCUGAGCGGCGGGGCCUCACGGGCUCGUAGCAUGGAGCUGAUCCAACCCAAAGAGCCCAGCUCGAAGCACAUCUCUCUCUGCCACGAGCUGCACACCUUGUUCCAGGUUAUGUGGUCUGGCAAGUGGGCGCUGGUAUCGCCUUUUGCCAUGCUCCACUCAGUUUGGCAGCUGAUCCCGGCGUUCAGGGGCUACGCCCAGCAGGACGCUCAGGAGUUCUUGUGUGAGCUGCUGGACAAGGUGCAGCACGAGCUGGAGAGCACUGGCAAGCACACUACCACAGCUGGAGUCCCACAGAAACGACUCAUUAAGCAGGUGCUGAGUGUGGUCAACACCAUCUUUCAUGGUCAGCUGCUCAGCCAGGUAACGUGCCUGGCCUGUGACCACCGCUCAAACACUGUGGAAUCCUUCUGGGAUCUGUCUCUGGAGUUCCCUGAGCGGUACCACAGGAAUAGCAGGGAGUCGGCUGCUCAGGCUUCGUGCCAUUUAACUGAAAUGCUGGCCAAGUUCACAGAAACUGAAGCUCUGGAGGGAAACAUCUACGCUUGUGAGCAGUGUAACUUUGCUCGGCGGCGGUCCUCCUCCAAACCACUACUCCUGACUGAAGCAAAAAAACAGCUGAUGGUCCACAAACUGCCUCAGGUCCUGCGGCUUCACCUCAAACGCUUCAGGUGGUCUGGCCGUAACCACCGGGAGAAGAUCGGAGUCCACGUCAGCUUCGACCAGCUUCUAAACAUGGAGCUCUAUAGCUGCAGAGAGCCAUCACCCAGAGGGGUGUCCUGCUCCAGUCCCAGCAGCCCCAGCAGCCCUAGCUCCACUGGCUCGCCACGCCCCAAGCACUUCCUUUACGACCUCUCCGCUGUGGUGAUGCAUCAUGGGAAGGGCUUCGGCUCUGGUCAUUACACAUCAUACUGCUACAACACAGAAGGAGGCUUCUGGGUUCACUGUAAUGACUCUAAGCUGAAUGUGUGUUCAGUGGAGGAGGUCUGUCGUGCUCAGGCCUACAUCCUCUUUUACACACAGCGAGUAACUCAGGACAAAGACCGGCCGCUAUAGGAUCACAAUCCCCCCUCCUAUUCCUCCGCUGCAGCCUGACCACUCCAGCAAUAUCAGCACAGUCCCAGUUGUGUUCCUGAUUCUGUUUCUCUCUUUGGGCAUUUUAUAUCCUUGAGGAUGGGUCUUUUGAGUCUAUAUUUCUAAAUAAGAAAGUCAUUUUUCUUAAAAUCACAGUUCUGCUUUGUGAACUUCUUGUAUAUGGUGUUAAUAUGUAGUUAUUUUUUUAAAAGAUUAUGUUUCUGGUGUGUGUACAGUUGUAUUUUAUAAAAAAGAGUAUCAGCCAAGAUGUGUCUCAGUAGCAGCAACCAGACUCAAAGUGUCCUCCACAGGUCGCACAUACAGUUGUAUUCAUGUGUCCGCCUGCCUGUCUGCGUUCGGUGGCUUGUUGAUUUUAAAUGCUGUUUGUUUUUGUCCAAAUCAACUGAAAUGUCACUUUAGAUAGUCGUCACAUAACUGGAUGUAGGGUUUUCAGAAGUUGUUUGCUUGCUAGAAGUCUCUUCCCUGUGUCCGACAGCUAACAUGAUGAGUGUUAACAAAGACGGCUGUAUUUCCUGCCAGAAACGUCUACAGAAUACGCUGUCUGCAUUGUGCUAAGUCAAAGAUUUGUACACAAGCAGGGCAGGGUUUAUUUUUCUCUCUGAAGUAUUCCUGGGUCUGUCAGGAAAAACUGGCAGACCUCAAGCCAAAGCCUUGGGGGAAGUGUGUGGAAAAACCUCAGCAUUUCCUAAAUGAUCCAACAUUUGCUGGGUGUUUUUUUUCCCCCCAUUAUUUUUACUGGGGGGUAAAAAAGUUUCCAAAUGGAUUGUUUUAUUUGGCUAAAUGCUGCCACCUCUCUGCUCCAGAAUGUAAUUGUCUUUCGAGUGUGAACAAUCCACACACUGGUGUACUAGAAGUGCCCUUUUGUUGGUGAAUAUAUUUUUAUACUUCAACUAAAUCCACCAAAGUGGAAUCUGAACACCUGCAGUCCCACCCAAACCAGCAUUUCGAUAAUGAAUGUAUUUGUAUACAAUCGUUCUCAGAGUUUUUCGUUAGAAAAGAGGCCGUUGACUGUUUUAAAAGUUUUAUACCACCUGAUUGUUCAACACCACCAGCUAUGACUGUUCCAUCACCACAUAGUUGCAUGUUCAUACUGACUUUCUUUUACAAUCUCUUCAGUACAAUAUCACGAUUUAACCAGAUGUGAUAUUUAUCUCCAUAAUGGAGAAAAUUGUACAAAAAAAAGGUGUUCUCCACCUGAACCAUUUAUUCAAAGCACACUUUUUAUUGUUUUAUUGUUGCGACAUGUUGUUGUAAUUUCUUUUUUGCUACUACUUCAUGGGUGUGUGUAUGGGUGUGUACAUUUGUGGAAGUUAUACUAUGCAAAUUGUUACCUCAAUUUUAAUCUAGAAAAUUACCUCAAUAAAUGAGAAUAUUUUUUCAUUUUUCUACAAAA